AUGGCGUUCAGCAUCACCAGGAAAGAGAUCGAGGGGUUCUGGAGGAGGAAGGAGGAGGAGCGCCGCCUUGCCGCCGAGAAGGAGGCCGCCAGAGCCAAAGCCAAGACGCUCAAGAUGGAGGAUUAUAUGCUGUUCGAGCAAAUGAUAAGGGAGAUUCUCGAGGAGGGGAACGAAGGUGACAAGGGCAUCAACGACAACAGAAUGAUGGUGGCAGCUUCCAGCAGGGUCGCCGAAUUACGGAUUGGGAUCAAGCACUGGUGGAAGAAAAGCACCUAUGCUUAUCUGAAUGAGCCGGCAGUGACGGCAUCGAUGGAUGACAAGGGAAGAAACAGACGCGCCGUCACUUAUAUUCCGCAGGACAGAUGCCUCAAAGCCCGCUCGUCGAUUCCUGCUUCAUUUGUCAUCUUUUAG